GUGCUGAGAAGAAUACUUCUGUGAGAAAAUGUGGCUGAAACUGUUCUGCCUGCUGCAGUCCGUGCUGCUAGCCCUCAGCAUCUCCCACUACGCCCAUCCCGCCGUACUGGAAAACGAAGCUCAAGAAGCACUGCUGCCGGACUACCUGCGAAACCCGUUCUACCGGACGCCGCGAGUGGCAAACGCCCUGGCCCGCUUCAGCUGGAUCGGCCCCGGCGAGGAACUGGUGCGGGAGCGGCACGCCGAGAAAAUCUCCCGAGCCGACAUCUACAGCGUGCUGACCCACGCCGGAUUCGUUCCGCGGAGAUUGCAUGGGUUCCACCGCUAGUGCAGCUAGUGGCCAGUCGAUCAGGGACCCAAGUUCAAACACCCGCUGGAGAGUGCAAUCGGUUUCGAAUUGGAUCUGAGACGGUCCAACAACGGUACCAACCGCCAAAAUUGAUUUUUUAAACUUUUGUUUCGCUAUGGAGAGUGUGUACAUAUAGACGCAGCAUUUGCAAUGGUAAGUUCACGCCCUUGGGCUCUAGUGUAGCAAGAUAGCAGAUUAGGUCUUAAAUGUGUAGUUAUAGUGUAAGAGUAUAAGGUGCUCACGAAACACAUCAUCAUCUAGUGAUUGAUUGUUGAUUAGUUUCUCUAGAUUUGUGAUCGAUUGUGUUUUCACUAGAUUUGUCAAUAUGUCAAGUUGUAAAACUUGUGUAUACCAGUGAUCGUUGCUUGAUUAUGUAGCUAAAACAAAAAUAAAGGAGAU